GUAAAUCAAUACCCAAAUUAAAGAUUCCCAAGCGUCAGAAAGAAAGAAAGAGGAGAGAAAAAGAGGCCAACCCGGAGAGCAUCAGCGGAAAACACCAAAAACAAAGGAGAAAGAUCCACCUCGAACCCCUCUCCCUCACCACCUCGAACCACUUCUCUCUCUUAUUCGCUCUCCUCGAUCCUUCUCCUUUCUCCCAUAAAUCUUCUUCUUUUUCCUCCCUUCCUCAUCCGGUGUCAGUUAAUCCAGUUUGGAUCACCAAAGCUGCAAAGAAGGGAAGAAGAGAAGAAGAAAAAUUUUAGAGAGGGAGAGAGAGGAAGAGAGUUAAAAGAGUGGGAUGAGGGAAGAGGAGGAGGCCAACUGGUUCGCGCGGUGGGAGGAGCAGCUCCCAAGCCCAGAGGAGCUGAUGCCCCUCUCCCAGACUCUCAUCACCCCCGACCUCGCCCUCGCCUUCGACAUCCCCACCGUCCGCUCCAACCCUAACCCUAAUCCUUCCCUCCAUCACCACCACCCCGCUCCGAGCCUCCACCCACCGCCGCCACCGCCCUCCUCCCAGCCGCCACCGGACUUCGACUCCCCCGACCACCUCACGACCGCCUCCUCCGGUGGUGGAGCUGGCGGCGGUGGCGCCGGCGAGGAGCCCGCCCGCACCCUGAAGCGGCCGCGGCUGGUGUGGACCCCGCAGCUCCACAAGCGGUUCGUGGACGCGGUGGCCCACCUGGGGAUCAAGAACGCGGUCCCCAAGACCAUAAUGCAGCUGAUGAGCGUCGACGGCCUCACCCGCGAGAACGUCGCCAGCCACCUCCAGAAGUACCGCCUCUACCUCAAGCGCAUGCAGGGCCUUAGCUCUUCCGGCGGCGGCGCCGGCGGAGGAGCGGGCGGCCCCAUCUCCGCCGCCGACGCUGCCACCGACCAGCUCUUUGCCAGCAGCUCCGUCCCCCACCACUUCCUUGGCCGCGGGCCUGGGCCGGAGCCCUACAUGCCGUUCGUGCCGGUUGCCGCGCUGCAGCACCACCAGCAGAUCACGGCCGCCAUGCAGCAGCAACAUCAGCAGCAGCAGUACUAUCAACAGAGGCAUAUGGGCCAUUUUGGCUCGCCAACGGGCGGCGGCGAGGGAUAUGAUCAUGGGUUUCUUGCACGGACCAUGCCGCAGCCGGGGAUGCAUCGGAUGGUGGGGCCGGUGGCUGUGGGCUUGGUGCCGCCUCCGCCGCCGUCCGCACCAUCAGCGGCCUCGUACGUGGAGGAUUUGGAAUCGGGCAGCAGAAGAGGAGGUGGCGAGAGGAGGAUGUUAACGCUUUUUCCAACAGGCGAAGAUUGAUUUUGGUAUUUCAUUCCCCCUCUUUAUUCACAUUAUCAAAUGCGUAAUUGUGUUUUGGGGGAAAUUAAGAUUAGAGAUCAAGUACGCCAGAUUUUACGAAUCCAGUAAGGUUUUCUACGGUCUUCGCUUCCAUCAUCAUCAAUGUUGUUAUUCGUUGUCGUCAUCAUUGUUGUUGUUGUGAUUACUUGAGCUAGGGCCAGAGGUUAUUAGGCGGGAAAUGAUUAUAACGUUGUAGUUUCUGCGUGUACUUAGAUAAAAUUAGGUAUCAGAAGUUCUGAACCACGUUGCCCACUUCUAUUGCUUGUCGUCCAUUGCAGUUAAGUGAAUUCCUUUUCAUCUUAAUAUCUAGGUUCUACUCCACAUGUGGGGCUUAGUCUUGUUUGUGGGGCAAUGAUAACUGGGUUUUGGAUGAAGUAGAAACGACUGGAUGCUUUAUUAUGGGAUGAUUACGGUAGGAGCUUCGUUAAUAUCCUGGGCACGUUGGAAUAAAACAAGCAGGAGUGCAGGGGAUUAGCAAUUUAUCGAUGCUCUGACAAGCCUGUGCAUUUGGUUGUUCCUUUACCCUUUAGGACUUUGCUUCUGGCAAAAGGAGCUCAUUGCAUGAGAGGCUGUAGAACUGCAUGCUACUUUCCACCUUUUCUUUUCUCUCCUUUCUGUCUUAGCAUUGGUAUGUAAGGUUUUUUAUUAAAUGUAUCACAUUUGGAAGAGCAACUUAAAUGAGGAUUUUUCCUUGUGGUGACUA